AUGAUCAUUUCUGCAAUAUUAAUUCAAUUUGUUUUGUCUAUCACAGUAGCUUUGAAUAUUAUAAUUACUUCAACAGAUAAUUGGUGUUCAAGUAAGACUCGACGUUUACAACAACAUUUAAUGGAAAAAGGUCAUAAUACCAUAUCAAUAUCACCCUUGUACCAACAAAAUUUGAAUCUAGAAAUUCCUGAAACUUUUAAAAUUGGUAAUAAUGCAAUCAAAAAUGGUGGUGAGUAUGGUCACUUAAAACAAAAAAUUCGUCACGACUCAACCAAAUAUCUUGGAAAACGUGGUGCAAAACAAGUUAUAUUCGAACAACCUGAAGAAUUCAUUACAGAACGAUAUAACUUUCAGAGUUUUGAAUCCUCAAUCCUCAAUAAUCAAUACGGCCAAGACCCCGAAAACUUUAAUGCUUGGUAUACCAAUUCGAAUGCAGAAUCAAUGAUCAAUAUUGCAUUCAAUACAAUUUUACCCAAAUUCUACCCAGAGUUUAAAGUUGAUUUGGUCAUAAUAGGACCAAAUGACGAUAACAAUAACGAUAAUGUAAUUAAAAAUAUGUUAAACGAUGUAAAUGUUGAACAUAGUAUACAUGCCAUUGGGAUAUCUACAAAAGACAAAGACACCAUGUAUUUCAAAGACUUGAAAAAUAAAAGCAUUUUACAAAAAAAUAUUGAUUUGAUCAAUCAAAUAACAACACAAACUAUUGUGCAGAAUUUAAAUAAAUUGACGACUAAUGAUAAUAAGUUGUCUUUAUUUAUAAAAUUUCCUAGCUUAAAUUAUAAAUCAUCGAUAUGUAGAACUCCAGAAAGUUCAAAUAAAAAUUCACUUUCAAGUUUACUCGACUAUCAAACCAUAUCUCAACGUAAUUCGAUUGGAGAGAAGCAGAAUUAUAAUGAAUUACCUAGGCCGCGAUAUGUAAUGGAAUCAAAUGGUAAAAUUUUGAAAAUAGAAGAUGAAAUUCCUGAUGAAUUUGACUCAGAGGAAGAUUUAUCAAAAAAUUAUGCAAGUUUCCAAUUUAAAAAUGCCGGUUCGUCUAUAAAAAGCGAUGAGCCACUACAACAAAAGUCAACUGAGAAUCAUAGCGAAAGGUCAUUGAACGAUAUCAAAGAAUAUAUUCUAAUGAAUUGUAACAUUGCUGUCGAAGUGUUAAAUCCCAUCAAUCCUUUUAAAUUAAAAAAGAUCCUAAGUUGUUAUUAA